AUGGCAGGAACCCCUUUGGAAACGUUUUUGUUGGACUUGGACGAAAAAAGAGGGAAACUACCUUGCUGCCAGGAAAUUUCUCUUAUUCAGCGGCGUGUAAGAAAAGUUAUUAAUGCUAUUCUACUGGAAGUUUGGAGAGAAAAUCCCUUCUUCAAGACAACGCUUAUCAACAGUGGCAGCUUUUAUGAAGGAACUAAAGUGGGAAAGCCUGACGAGUUCGACUUUUUCAUACAGCUUGAUGCUUUGUCUUCUCCAGAAGAUGUUAAUUUUAAGGAACUUCCUUGUUCUACUGUGUGCGUGAUCCCAAGCAAAGCAGCUUGCGAGAAUGUGAGGUUUGCAUUUACUGAUCGAGAAUAUGGAUCACAUUAUAUGCCGCUAUUUGACCUUGGCGAUUUUGAGUGGAAGAGAACCAUCAAGACGCCAUUCUUCAACAUAUUCAACAGCAAAGCCAAAGAUUUUGAAGCAUAUGGGAUGAAAGUUGUGUUGCCAUAUGAAGGAGACGAUAUAGUGAAAGCACCACUUCCCUUAUCGAAACACGGACCAGCAUACGCUUUAUUGUUGGAAUGGAAUGGUGGAGAAUCGGAUCGUUACAAAGGAAUGAAAAUCAGUGUAGAUUUGACAUUAGCCGUGAGAAUAAACUCAAAAUCAACCUUGCGUGGUCUAGAGUUUGAUUCCCCAAGCGGUCGAGUUCUGAAGUCUGUCCUAGACAGUCUGCCAUAUUUCCUAGCUGUUGGCUCCUACAGGGAUCUUCUUUCUGAAGAACACCCAGACUACUUUAAGAAGGAGGAGGAACAGCACCCUGGAUUGCGGCCGAUUAAUUUCGUUUUGCGCUGUUCUCAAUCGUCUUUUGAGCAGUUGCUGUUUGUUCAAGAAUUUGGCUCGGACAGUGGUCAAAGCAAAUGCCUUUAA